CCCUCCCUCUUUACCACGUGACUGCUCUCUCCUUCUUACCAGAAGCCACUGACUCACAAAGAUAAUAACCAGAGACAACAUGAGAGAACAUGCAGAGGGUCCUCCAGUCACCGGCUAUCUGUCCUCUGAAGAGUGAGCAGUGUGGCCGGACAUGGUGUCUCAGCCGGAUCUCUGCGGACAGCCAGCAAUGUGACAUGGUAAAGUCACAAUGUCCACUACCUUUCCCCGGAUCCAGGAUGUGUGGGGAGCCGUGCUUCUCUUCUCCUGCUUCCUCCAGGCCGGCCUGGUGUUUGGGAUUCUACGUUCCUUUGGGAUUUUCUUUCCAGAAUUUGUUGCAUAUUUUGGCUCGGCCGCUGGGAGUGUCUCUUGGGUGACGUCAUGCGCGGUUGCUGUGCAGCAGCUGAUGAGUCCCCUGGGCUGUGCACUUACACUGCGGUUUGGCUCUCGUCCUGUCGUCACUGGGGGGAUUCUCUCAUCUCUUGGGAUGUUUUUUGCUUCUUUCUCCACUGACCUCUACCAGCUGUACCUGAGCAUAGGAGGACUUUCAGGGUUCGGCUGGGCUCUGAUAUUCUCCCCAUCGAUGGCCGCGGUGACCAGUUACUUCUCACACAGGCGGUCAUUAGCUACAGGAUUUGUCCUGACCGGAGCCGGUGUCUUCUCAUUCGCCCUCACCCCCCUCCUGCAGUACCUGGUGGAGGUGUACUCUUGGCGCGGUGCCAUGCUGCUGCUGUCUGGGGUGGCGCUGCACUCAAUACCUUGUGGAGCUCUGCUCCGUCCAGCCAGCAAGGAUCCGUCUCAUAGUCCCCAUUCAUUUCUAUGGGGCUGGGAACUGCUGUGUAAUUGGGGAUUCCUGCGCUACUGUCUGGCCAUAGCAUUGAUCAACGCCGGAUACUUUGUGCCAUUUACACAUCUGGUGGCGCACAUGCAGGUGAAGGGCACGGGGGAGCGCCAGGCUGCCAUGUUAAUGUCUCUGGUUGGCAUUGCAGAUGUUGGUGGGCGUCUGUUUGCCGGUUGGUUGUCUGAUCUCGACCCAAAGCGCACUCUGCUUCUCCUCAGCUUUUGGACAGGACUGACUGGUGUGGUCCUAGGACUCCUGCCUUUGGCAGAUAAAGCGGUAGAGAUAGGGAUGGCUGCAGUUGCAUUUGGAUUUUGUGCUGGGGCACUUACCCCAGGGGUAUUCUCUGCCCUCCCAUGGGUGGUUGGUGCUGAAAGAGUUCUGCCUGCCCUUGGACUCCUGCAAAUGCUGGAGAGUGUGGGAGGCCUGCUCGGAGCUCCUACAUCAGGCUGGCUGUGUGAUCUGACCGGUGACUUCUCUUUGUCUUUUAUCAUCUCCGGCUCCUUCCUCCUCCUCGGAGCGCUCAUUGUCCUCACCCUCCCUGGAAUCUGCUGCAGGAACACAACUGGCCAAUCAGAAAUCAGGACACAUGACCCUUCACCAGCCAAACAGGAGUUGAUGCUGAGCAAUGGAACUAUCAGUUCUAAGUGCAGUAUGGAGGAACCUGCGUCAGAACACAGGAGAGAUCUAACCCUCCCCUUGUGUCCCUGUAGCCCACUCGCGGAGAAUGGAAUAGACAGCCACAGCCUCACACCAAUCACCUCACCUGCUGAGAGGCUACUAGAACAUCCCAGCUCUGCCACCUGUGCCGUGACAUCACUGCAGCUCACCAACACAGUGCUAUGAUGUCAUCAAUAAAUGUCUAUGUAUUAGUAACAA